GUAUAAAAUUAAUCAUCUUUAAGUAUUUGCAGUAUGAGUGUUUUAGCAGUGUGGAAAAGUGUGACCGAUUAGGUUUGCUGUGUGUGAAGAAUUUUCUCCAAUUUUACGUAGAUAAUAUUUCUUCAUGAAAAGGACCUGUGCUUUUGUCCUUCAUACUCUUUGUGAAGAUGUCUCCAAAAACUUAUCGCAGCAUGAACAUAAUCCUAUUAAUAGGAAAUAUUAAUAGGAAAUAUAUAGUUAUUCAGUAGCUUGUAUUAAAUAUACUUUCUCAAAUUUCUUGUCAGUUGCCAGAACUAAUUUAGAGGGGAGAUGUAUAGUAUAAGGAUAUAUUUUGGUCAUGGGAUCUCCUUCUUUUAAUGCUGACCAAAUGUCCUGUGCCUCUCUUUACAGCUUCCAGCUACAGUUUUAUUCUGAGCAUUAGUGAAGAGGAAGCCAGGGUGAAGGCUUUGAACGAGUACCUGAGCACUCGUAGUUAUAUCCAGGGGUUCACAUUUUCACAUGCAGAUGUGGAGGUAUUCAGAAAGUUUUCGAGGCCACCUGUGGACCAGUAUAUCCAUGUUGUCCGGUGGUACAGACACAUAGAAGCAAUCUAUGAUGGCAGCAGUGAAAAAAAUGAGCCUUGUAAACUUCAAACAAGUAAAGGCAAGCGUGUGCAACCCCCCUGGUCUCCCCCUGAAGGGACAAAACAUUCUAGGCUCUGCCUUUACAACAGCCUGACUCGUAAUAAGGAAAUAUUUCAGCCUCAGAAUGGAAAAAAGGUCCUGUGGUAUUGCUGUGGUCCAACAGUUUAUGAUGCUUCUCACAUGGGACAUGCCAGGUCAUACAUCUCAUUUGAUAUCCUGAGAAGAAUCUUGAGGGAUUAUUUUAAAUAUGAUGUUUUCUAUUGUAUGAAUAUUACAGAUAUUGAUGAUAAGAUCAUCAAGAGAGCAAGACAAAAUUACCUUUUUGAACGGUAUAGAGAGAACAAAUCAGCAUCAAAUCAGCUACUUGAAGAUGUUAAAACUGCCUCAGAGCUCUUUUCAGUUAAAUUAAAUGAGACAACAGACCCAGAUAAAAAGCAAAUGUUGGAAAGAAUUCAGAAUGCGGUGAAGUCUGCUUUUGACCCUCUACAAGAAGCUGUGCAAGCUAAACUCCCUGAAGAAGAGAUCAACAGGUGUCAUGAGAGACUGUUGGAAGAAGCCAAAGAUUUGCUGUCUGACUGGUUGGACACACAAUUUGGCAGUCAGGUGACUGACAAUUCCAUAUUCUCAAAGCUCCCCAAAUUCUGGGAAGGGGAAUUUCAUAAGGAUAUGGAAGCACUCAAUGUUUUACCUCCAGAUGUUUUAACACGGGUUAGUGAAUAUGUGCCAGAAAUUGUGGAUUUUGUGAAAAAGAUUGUGGAUAAUGGUUAUGGGUAUGUGUCCAAUGGAUCUGUAUACUUUGAUACUGUGAAAUUUGAUUCCAAUGAAAAACACUCCUAUGCUAAGUUGGUUCCUGAAGCCGUAGGUGAUCAAAAAGCUCUUCAAGAGGGUGAAGGUGACCUGAGUAUCUCAGCUGAUCGCUUAAGUGAGAAGCAUUCUCCAAAUGACUUUGCUUUAUGGAAAUCCUCCAAGCCCGGAGAACCCUCGUGGGACUCUCCAUGGGGAAAGGGUCGUCCAGGUUGGCACAUUGAAUGUUCCGCAAUGGCUGGAUCCAUUCUAGGAGAGUCAAUGGAUAUUCAUGGAGGAGGGUUUGAUCUCCGAUUUCCCCACCAUGACAAUGAACUGGCACAGUCUGAGGCAUACUUCGAAAAUGAUCACUGGGUUCGGUAUUUUCUGCAUACUGGCCACUUAACAAUUGCUGGCUGUAAAAUGUCCAAAUCUUUGAAGAAUUUCAUUACCAUUAAAGAUGCACUGAAGAAACAUACAGCACGACAGCUACGGUUGGCUUUCCUCAUGCACUCUUGGAAGGAUACACUGGAUUAUUCAAAUAAUACCAUGGAGUCAGCUAUUCAGUAUGAAAAGUUUAUGAAUGAGUUCUUUUUAAAUGUGAAGGAUAUUCUUCGAGCUCCCACUGAUGUGACAGGCCAGUUUCAGAAAUGGGAAAAUCAGGAAGCAGAGCUGAACAGAAAUUUUUACGACAAGAAGGCAGCAAUUCAUGAAGCACUGUGUGACAAUAUUGACACUCGCUCUGUCUUAGAAGAAAUGCGUUCAUUAGUCAGUCAGAGUAACUCCUAUAUUGCUGCAAAGAAAUCUUCCAGACAAAUGCCAAACAGACUUCUUUUAGAAAACAUCAGUUCCUAUCUCACUCAAAUGUUAAAGAUUUUUGGUGCCAUAGAAAGUGAUGACGCAAUUGGUUUUCCUGUUGGCGGAAAUAGUCAAAACAUAAAUAUUGAAUCUACAGUGAUGCCAUACCUACAAGUUCUUUCUGAGUUCAGAGAAGGAGUGCGACAAAUUGCCAGAGAGAAGAAAGUCACUGAAGUGCUGCAGCUGAGUGAUGCUCUUCGGGACGACAUCCUUCCUGAACUUGGUGUUCGAUUUGAAGAUCACGAAGGACUUCCAACUGUGGUUAAAUUAGUCGAUAAGGACACAUUAUUGAAAGAACGAGAAGAAAAGAAAAAGAUUGAAGAAGAGAAAAAAAGGAAGAAAGAAGAAGCGGCCAGGAAAAAACAACAGCAGGAAGCAGCAAAACUGGCAAAAAUGAAGAUUCCACCCCAUGAAAUGUUUAAAUCAGAACAUGACAAAUAUUCCAUGUUUGAUGAAAAUGGAUUUCCCACCCAUGAUACAGAAGGCAAAGAACUCAGCAAAGGACAAAUUAAGAAGCUAAAGAAACUUUAUGAAACCCAAGAAAAGCUGUACAAGGAGUAUCUACAAAUGGUUCAGAAUGGAAGUACAAAUUGAAAACAAUAGGACUUUUUUUUAGAAGGCGAGUGCUGCGUCACCAUUGAAGAAGUGAGCAUAUACUGAUGCUCAAAUUUCUGUUUACACUUUCUAUUAUGUGCAAAGUGAAAAUCCUGUUUACGUGGAUUAAUAAUGUCAUCUGGAAAGUCAAUAAAAAUCCAUUCUUUAAAAAAAAAAAAAAAGCCAACCUCUAAGAAGUUUCUUUGCAACAACAGCAGCAGGUUGAAUGGUUGCCAGUUCUAUUUGGGAAGGUGCUGCUCAGUCAGCAAAUCCACAUAAGGAUUCUUGUUUAUUAUAGCUGCCUGGGCUUCAGUUAAUUUGUCCUGUAUACUCAUCUUUAAGACCCACUGUAUCUUGCAUACUGGGAUAUGUCACAGUCGGCAAAAUUUACUGCUAAAUGGGAGUUGAGUGCUUUGUCCCACAGUAAGAACAGUAUUUUCCAGAUGACUUUAGUAUCUUUACAUAAGCAGGACAAGUGGGUAGUUCCACUAUGAUACUUUAGCUGCUGUUAUUAAAAACUCUCAUAAGUAUUCCCAGAACACUUUGCAUAGUAGAAGUUAACAGUCCCUUUGUUGUAAAAAGGAACAGAUCAUCAUCUUUGCUCAACCCACAGCUGCAGUCAAGUAGGUAAGUACACGGCAAAUGCACCUGCAUUGAACAAACAGGUGGGAAAGAUGUGAAGGGUUAAUGGCAGAGGGUGGUGUGCUCUUGGAGCUAUCCCUCCAAGCAAACAGGAGUCCUGCUAAAGUACUGAUUACCCAAAGUUCUGAGUACCUAAUUACCUGUUCAGAGCCAUGGGGAAUUAACAGAGGGUUUCUAACCGAGAUACGGUUUGUGGAAUGGUUUGCAAUUAGGAAAUAGAGCUAUACAUUGCUCAUUAUUCAAGACUGGUGUUUUUAACCUGACAAUUUAACCCUGAGUUAAUCUUUCUGAUGUAGUAUGGUGACAUUAUGUCUGCAAUGACAGUUUCCUGUUGCCUAAAGAUGCAUUUCACUGGCAGUAGGUACUAAAUGAACUAAAGUUCAUGAAAACCUAAAAAUAUCUCACCUACUUCACAACUACAUAUAACAGCAGUGUCUGAUACGCAGAACUAUAUUCAACAAGUAUUCUUAAGCCUCAAGAUGACUUGCAGAAGGUCAUACUGUGAUACCUCUGUUCUCUCAACUCUUAGGUUCAUGCUAUAGCCAUUAGGUUAUGUUCCUUUCCUCAAUGAAUAGUUACACAUCCUUGCUUUAUAUUUUUGUAUUUGUAUUCCUCCUUCUGAGGAAUGGAUGUAUUUGGAGUAACAGAAAGGUCUAGUAGGUUGAGUUGUUUUUCUAGUUUGUCUGUAUUUGCCUUUGAAAACAUACAUAAUGUUAAGGUCAGUAAAGCACAUGCAUCUUGAAUGCAGAAAAUAAAAUCUGUUGUAAAGUA